AUGGAUAGCACCAAGCCACUGGCCAAAGUUAAUGAUCAUGUCUAUGAAGAUAUUAAUCCUAAAAUGGAAUGGGAGAAAGAUGCUGGAUUCGACACCCUACUUGUGCAUUUGCAAGGUUUUUCGAAGCAGCAACUAAGGAUCCAAGCAGCAACAGGUGGUCAAAAACUCAAGAUCACAGGAAAAAGCCAUCAGGGAGACAAUAAAUGGAUCCGUUUUAACAAGGAGCUCACUGUUUCAUCAGAUUAUGAUGUUAAUCAAAUCUGUGCAAAGUUUGAGGGUGGAGUACUUUAUAUCAAACACCCCAAGAAGAUAAUCAGUCCAACCAAACCGGUACCAGAAAAUAAUCCAAACUCAACUCCAGAAACUGCAGAACCUCGAGAGCCUGCAAAUGAAAACCCAGAAGACCAAAAGAGUGGACAAGAUUCAGCUACUCAAGAAGUACCUCCAAUUACAGGAACAGACGGAAAAACAAGUGGAGAUAUGGAUGGGGGAGCAACUUCUACUUCAACUGAGACUAACUUGAAGGAUCAGAAGAGUGAUGAUAGCUGGCCUGAAGCAGGAAAGGUCACAGGAACAAGUGAAAAGCAUGAAAAUGAUGGUAGUGGUGGCUUGGUAGCAAAGAAAAAGAAGCUGAGAAUAUCAAAAACAUUGGUAGUGUCAGCUGGUUUGUUUGUUCUUGUGCUUGGGCUUUAUGUUCAAAAAGCUAUGAGGUCUCAUGGAGAAUCGGAGAACUAG